CGAAACGGAACCCCGCCCCCUUCUUCCCUGGUUGACAAGCGAAAGAACGGAGGGGAGAUUACCAGGAUCCUCAGCGGCGUCGGCGCCACUCUUCUUAUCAUCAUUUAUUUAAAGCUAGACCAUCGACAAUGGGCAGCACCGACUCCAAACUCAACUUCAGGAAAGCAGUGAUUCAGCUGACGACCAAAACGCAGCCAGUGGAAGCCACAGACGACGCCUUCUGGGACCAAUUCUGGGCAGACAGCAGCACCACCGUCCAGGAUGUCUUUGCACUGGUUCCCGCUGCGGAGAUCAGGGCCUUACGAGAAGAAUCCCCCUCCAAUUUAGCCACUUUGUGCUAUAAGGCCGUGGAAAAACUCGUGCAGGGUGCAGACUCUGGCUGCCCAGGCGAGAGGGAAAAGCAGGUGGUCCUGAACUGCACUCGCAUCCUAACCCGCAUCCUGCCCUACAUCUUUGAGGACCAGGACUGGCGGGGUUUCUUCUGGUCCACCGUCCCCGGUGCGGGUCGGGCCGGGGCAGAAGAGCUAGACGAGGACGACGGCGCUCGUCCCUUGGCCGAGUCGCUCCUCUUGGCCAUCGCCGACUUGCUAUUUUGUCCAGACUUCACGGUGCACAGCCACAGAAGAGGCCCGGAUUCGGUGGAGAACAUGCACUCCAUUGACAGUUGUGAAUACAUCUGGGAAGCAGGCGUGGGCUUCGCGCAGUCGCCCCCUCUCAACUAUAUUCACGAUUUGAAUCGCACGGAGCUACUGAGAUUGCUGCUGACCUGCUUCUCCGAGGUCAUGUACCUGCCCGCUUCUACGGACAACCACGCGCUCAACCCCUGGGUCACCUUCUUCUGCUCUACUGAAAAUCGGCACGCUUUGCCCCUGUUCACCUCGUUGCUGAACGUGGUCAGCGCCUACGACCCCGUGGGCUACGGCAUCCCGUACAAUCACUUGCUUUUCUCCGAUUACCGGGAGCAACUGGUGGAGCAGGCCGUGCAGAUCCUCAUCGUCACCUUAGAGCACGACAGAGGGACGUCCCGUUGCCCGUCGUCUCCGUCCAGCAUCGAGGAACACGAGACGGCCGGCCCCGAGAACCUGUUUGUGAAUUAUUUGUCGAGGAUCCACAGAGAGGAGGACUUUGACUUUGUACUGAAAGGCUUGGCUCGUCUCCUCACCAACCCCUUGACUCAAACGUACUUGCCAAAUUCCACCAAAAAGAUCCAGUUUCACCAGGAGCUCCUGGUGCUCUUCUGGAAGCUCUGUGACUUCAAUAAGAAAUUCCUCUUUUUCGUCCUGAAGAGUAGCGAUGUACUCGAUAUUCUGGUUCCAAUCCUUUACUACCUAAAUGAUGCCAGAGCGGACCAGUCGCGCGUAGGUCUAAUGCACAUCGGCGUGUUCAUCCUGCUGCUGCUUAGCGGCGAGAGGAACUUUGGCGUGCGCCUGAACAAGCCCUACGCCCUCCACGUGCCCAUGGACAUUCCAGUCUUCACUGGCACUCACGCCGACCUGCUGAUCGUGGUCUUCCAUAAGAUCAUUACAACAGGCCACCAGCGUUUACAGCCUCUCUUUGACUGCCUGCUCACCAUUGUUGUGAACGUGUCUCCCUAUUUGAAAAGUCUGUCCAUGGUCUCGGCAAAUAAGCUGCUCCACCUGCUGGAGGCCUUCUCCACCAGUUGGUUUCUCUUCUCUGUGGCCCAGAACCACCAUCUUGUCUUUUUUCUCCUGGAGGCGUUCAACAACAUCAUCCAGUACCAGUUUGAUGGCAACUGUAACCUGGUGUACGCCAUCAUCCGCAAGCGUAACAUCUUUCAUCAACUGGCCAACCUACCGUCCGACCCGGCCUCCAUCCAGAAGGCCCUGCAGAGGAAGAAGAAAUCGCCCGACGUCAUUUCCCGCACCAGCUCGCAGGAGACCGUCUCCAUGGAGGGCUCGCGCCCCGCCGUGCCGGCAGAACCUGGCACCCUCAAGGCCAGCCUAGUCGCCAUACCUGGUAUCGACAAACUGACCGAGAAGUCUCAGGUGUCGGAGGACGGCACCAUGGUGUCCGUCUCUAAAAUGGAGCACUCAGAACAGAUCGCGGCCGGCGGGACCAGCGACACAGAGUCCAACUCCGGCAAAGACAAUGAAGAUGUUUUCUACACUGAGGCAGAAAUGGAGAGAAGACGCGUGUCAAGUGCUUCUUCAGCGUCACUUUGGGCUCCCACGCAAGACUGGGUCCUAUCCUGGAAGUGUAAGCUUCCUCUACAGACCAUCAUGCGUUUGCUUCAGGUGUUGGUUCCACAAGUGGAGAAGAUCUGCAUUGACAAGGGUCUGACAGAUGAAUCGGAGAUCCUCAAGUUCCUCCAGCAUGGCACCUUGGUGGGCCUGCUACCCGUCCCUCACCCGAUCCUCAUCCGGAAGUAUCAGGCCAACGCUGGCACGGCCAUGUGGUUUCGAACCUACAUGUGGGGCGUGGUAUACCUGCGAAAUGUAGACCCUCCCAUCUGGUACGACACAGACGUGCGGCUCUUUGAGAUCCAGAAGAUGUAGACGGCGACGUCUUCACAAUGCAUGCCAAUUGCUCUUUUUGUAUCAGUUAUCAAUACUGUCCAUCGGCAACUUGUUACAUGUUGUUCUGACCUCAAGAAUGUGCAGACGCUUGGGUGGGGGAAUCCACAUAGUGGUUCAAGUCAGGGUGGCCAGGUUGCCCCCCUCCACUGCACUUAGGAUGUCUGUUUGACACCAAGUAAAUUCUCCUAAGACCGAUUCCAGGCCAUUCCGGUUGCCAUGUAUCUCGACUUUGGAGGAAUUAAGCUCUUUUUGAUAUGCUUUAACCCUUUCAGGGGCACUGGACAGUUAUUCUUAAGUUGACCAUAGACUUCAGAAUGUAUUGACGGGGCACGGGGCCAAUAAAUAGGGGGUCUGCAUUGUUCGCGAGGCCGUCAAAGCCGACCGAGUGGAAUCACAGAGUUUUCGUCUCUGAAUUCUUUAUAGAUAUUUCCAUAAAAGUCUGUUCUUGGUUAAAAGCAAAAAAAUUGUGCAUUUACCAUUUAUUUUAUGUAAAUAUAUCAAAGUACAAUGCUAGUCUGUUAGUGAAUGUAGCUAGCUGCCGCCUGAUGUAAACAGAGCUUUUCCAGUGAAAAAUUAUUGUGAAUUAAUGCUUAAAUCCCCGAAUUCUUUAUAUAUAUGGACAUAAAACAGUCUUGAUUCUUGGUUAUAAGCAAAAAAACAACAACAUGCAGUUAGUGUUUAUUUUACCUUAAUAUGUCAAAAUACAAUGCUACUCUGUUAGUGAAUGUAGCUAGUGGCCGCUUGAUGUAAACGGAGCUUUUCCGGUGAAAAUUUUUGUGAAUAAAUGCUUAAAUCCCUGAAUUCUUUAUAGAUAUGAAUGUAAAACGGUCUGGAUUCUUGGUUAAAAGUUAAAAAAAAACAGGCAGUUUGCGUUUAUUUUACGUAAAUAUGUCAAAGUACAAAGCUAGUCUGUUAGUGAAUGUAGCUGGUGGCCGCCUGAUGUAAACGGAGCUUUUUCGGUGAAAAUUCUUGUGAAUAAAUGCUUAAAUCUCUGAAUUCUUAACAGAUGGACGUAACACAGUCUCGAUUCUUGAUUAAAAGCAAAAAAAAAAAAACAAAAAAAACAAAAAAAAAAACGUCCAGUUAGAGUUUAUUUUACGUAAAUAUGCCCAAGCACAAUGCUAGUCUGUUGGUGAAUGCAGCUAGCAGCCGCCUUAUGUAAACAAAGCUUUUCCGGUGAAUAUUCUUGUGAUUAAAUGCUUAAAUCCCCAAAUUCUUUAUAGAUAUGAACAUAAAACGGUCUCUAUUUUUGGUUAAAAACAAACAAACAAAAAACAGGCAGUUGGCAUUUAUUUUACGUAAAUAUGUCAAAGUACAAAGCUAAUCUAUUAGUGAAUGUAGCUAGCGGCCGCCUGAUGUAAACAGAGCUUUUUCGGUGAGAAUUCUUGUGAACAAAUGCUUAAAUCUCUGAAUUCUUAACAGAUAUGGAGGUAAAACAGUCUUGAUUCUUGAUUAAAAGCAAAAAAAAAACGUCCAGUUAGCGUUUAUUUUACGUAAAUAUGCCGAACUACAAUGCUAGUCUCUUAGUGAAUGUAGCUAGCAGCCGCCUUAAGUAAACAAAGCUUUUCUGGUGAAUAUUCUUGUGAAUUCUUUAUAGCUAUGAAAGUAAAACAGUGUCGAUUCUUGGUUAAAAGCAAAAAAAAAAACAUGCAAUUAGCAGUUAUUUUACGUAAAUAUUGCCAAUCAAUACUGCUAUCAAUAUGCUAAUGCAGUAGCGGCUAAUUUCUCCCAACGUUUCAAAAUGCAUGCAUGGUACGAAAACUAUAAUAAUUACCUUGAAUCCUUCCUGUUUGAAUGCAGUACAGAUUUCAUACUUUUUCAACAGAAAUCCGGCGUUAGCUGCGUGCAUGUUCGUGAAUAGCUCCUCUUGAUGUGGACGGCCCCCUACCUGAAUGCGAGGUGUACUGCAUGACCGAUCUGACCCAUCAAUACAUAAUGAAGUCUAUGAGUUGACACUUAAGACCUUUAGCUCUUCAUAGAUAUUGACUAUUUUUUUGUCUUUUUUGAAUGUAUAUAUAUUCGCAAUUGUUAUUUUUGGAAAUAUUUCAUAAAAUUAUAUAUUGAUGUAAUGUUAAAGCUAAAUUGACAUUUUAAAUGAAAACAGAAAUACUCUGGUUACAGCCACAAGUAACACUCCAAAGAUGACCCCCCCCCCCCCCCCCCCAAUAGUAUAUCACUAAUUGCAUGCAUUUAUGGCAGUAGAUGUCCAUUUUAAUUAAACAUGGAAGACCGGAUGUAAAUGCUCAUCUUUCAGUGCUAUUGACGGCACGAGACGUCCAAUCCAUUUUGACUGUCAAAUUGGAUUGGGCGUCAAGCGCCGUCAAUGGCAGCCAACGAGUUAAAUGAGUGCCCUGUAAGGGUUAAAAAAAUUGUGUAUGAAAGGGUUGAAGUGAACUUGCACCUUUUGUAUGUAACAGUACAAACUAGAUGUUAAAAAUUAUUUUUCGCUAAAUUAUUCUGAAUAUAUGUAUACAUAUCGAUAUGUAAACUUGUGUUGUGGAUAUUAAAUGCAGUUACUAAAUACUUUUGAGUCCCACAACAUUAAAAAAAAAAAAAUGGUUAUUGACCAGAAGAUGACACUGUUGCACUCCUUUGAGACAAGGGGACUUUUAAGGGUUUGUCUAGGUUCCACCUGCUCAAAGGUUAUUCAAGGUUGCAAUUUCAGUCACUUUAUCACAUUGAAAAGGUUACCCAAAAGCAAGGUCUUAAAAUGACAAGCUCGAGCACUCCCUGACUUGAGCCUUUCAUUUGAAAUCUUCAUUUGUUCUUUGCCUUUUCAUUUUCAAACACUACACAGAUGGUAACCUGUCCUGCAGUCACGCUUCAUGCCACAUUGUUUUGUGCAAACGUACGGAAACCGAGCUCAUUGUUACGAAAUAACUGGAAUCAAAACAUUUCCAUAAACUGAAAUUAUAUAAUCAAACGUGUUCUCAAAAAUAAUUAAAGGCACUACCCUUCGUUUUUGUCCACAAGCAGUUUUUACGUCAAAUUUUUUUUUUUGAACAAUUUUUUGGGCUGUAAUGUUUUUUUAAAAUCCUGACACAAAUAACCCAAUAUAUUAAAACAUGGAAGAAAAAAAACUAGCAUAAAAUAUAACGCGCCAAAAUCUAAAUAAAACUUAUUAAAUUAACGAAAAACGAGCCAAUUUUCUGGACUAUAAAUCGCACCAGCUAAAGAAUGCACAAAACGUUUUUAAAAAAGUCGGAAUGGUAAAUCGUUUUUUCACCUGCUUGACAAGGAGAAUCGGAAUAUUAGUGUCCUAUUGGUCUGAAUAGUUUCCCAUUAUGAUUGUUUGUUUUAUUAGGAGAAAGCAACAAGCAGGAAGGGGUUAAAAACAACAAACAACGAAUACAUUCAACGCCUACACUAACGAUGAAUAUAAGAGUGCUAUCGCAUGCUAGUUGUAUUUCCAGUCAACGCCAUUUGGAGGCCGGAUGACCAACAGUGUGACAAUAUCUCGAUACAGCGAUAUUUUGCAGCCCGAUUGGUUAUCGAUAUGCUCCCGCCAAGUAUCGAUACUUUUAUUUGACAUAUUGGCCAUUGGAUGCUGUAAACUGCUCAAUUUUGUUGAACAAUUCCUUGGCGGGGCGCUCAGGAGUGGUGGUGAAGGUAAAGUGCGCACAAGUCGUCUAGAGAAGAAGAGAGGAAGCUCCAAGUGGUUUGAAAAAAAAAAAGCUUCAUGGGAACGGUGGAGGAAAAAUUGACAAAAAUAUUGCUACAAAUCACAUGUGGACACACUUUAGAUUUUACACCAACAAGAAAGGAAGUAAGGUGAACAAGGACUUUGCUGCUAUUAACUAGUAAAGCGGGUAGUUAUAAUAAAGUGUUGCCAAACGUAGGAGAAUUUACAUUGCUUCUAUGCGUGGGCGGGUCUAUAAUGUCUCACUUCUACUUUACUUCCGCUUUACGAUGAGACGUCACGGUCUAAAAAUAGCAUGCGUGCUGUACACCAUUCCGAUUUUGGGGUUUUGACAGUUCAGACCACAGCCACAUUCUGGAAAAAUGUGGCCGAGAUCGGAUUUUGAGCACAUUCGAAAGUGACCUAGAUUGGAUUUGAAAUGGUCCACUUUUAUGUGGCUUUUCCUGUUCAGACCGUCAAGUUUAUGCCUCACUCGAGUCGGGGAAUAAAACUUGAAAAAAAAAAUCAAAUUCGUGCAUUAAGACCUGCGGUAUGAACGUACCCUAAUUGCGCCCAGGAAUGCAUGCAUCCCAUCUCAGACGUUAACAUACCGUAUUGGCCCGAAUAUAAGACAGCCCAGAUUAUAAGACGACCCCCUCUUUUUCAAGACAAGUUUGGAAAAAAAAAACUUUCUGAACAAUUUUUUAUACAGGAAAUUACAGUACAUCUGAAACAAAUUUGAGAAAAAACCAUGUUAUUUUGCCUCAUUCAAAUCUUAAUAUCUGAACAUUUAAAUAUGUCAACUAAAGUGCAAUCAUAUUCGUAAAUGAAUGGCUUCUGGUUUUUGAAAUUUAAACCAAUCUAUUGUGAUAAAACUGCAAUAACAGCAUUAACCAUCAAAGUGAGGUGUAACUGUAGUCUUGAAACAAAUCUGAAUAAGGAAAAACAUUGCAAUAAAAUAAUGCAAACUGGUUAAACUUGAGAGUAGCUGAGAUCCGUCAUGACAAAACAUCGCUUCAAUGAUAUCUGGCGCCAUCUAGCGUCGUAAAAGGGUAUAAUGUCUAGACCCCAAAUAUAAGACUCCCCCCACUAUUUUGGUCUUAUUUCACUGCAAAAAACACAGUCUUAUAUUCGGGCCAAUACGGUAAUAAGAACAAUGUAUUUAAUGAUAAAAUGGAGAACAGGCUAAAUAGGCAUCUGUUAACAGAUCAAGUUUUUCCUGAUAGCUAUAGCCUAAAAAUCUUGAUGUCAGAGUGGGAAAAAAAUAUAUUGCACCCGAGUUCAACUCACUGGCCCAGCCAAACUGGAAAAAAGUGCAACUUAUAGUCCAGAAAAUACAGCGUAUACAAAAAAAAAAAGUUAUUAAUAGAGAUGUCCCGAUCGAUCGGGUCCGAUCACGUCAUUUUCAAAGUAUCGGAAUCGGCAAAAAAAAUAUCGGCUAUGCCUUUUUUUAAUAUAUACUGUAUAUUUUUUUUUAUUAAAUCGUUUUCUAAAUAUUUAACGUUACAGACAUAAUGUUACACUCACACUCAUCCAGAGUCUUUAGUUUAGGCUUAUGGUACCGAUAACGGCGGUAAAUAAUUUUAAAAAUGUAUCACGUUAAAUAUUUAACGCAAUUAAUGCAUGCGUUGCACGACCCACUCACGCAUUGUCGCGCUCAAUCUGGAAUGGCACUGUUUUACCCAUUUAGAGAGAUAAAAGGCAGUGUAAAAUGAGUAGAGUGAAUUUUGGCAGCCUUUGGAGCCUUUCUUUUUUUAAUAGGGUAAAGCUUUACAAUCACUCUCCUUACGAUUAGAAAUAUCAUGAGAAGCAAGGUAGCAAUUGAUCUUUUUCUUAACACCUUAUUUCCCAACGCAGAGAAGAUAUAUUCAUUGGUAGCACUACGCACAGUCAUGGGUCCACUUCCCAUCAUGCAUUUGGGUUGAAUGGCUGCAGUAUCAUUUACUGAAAGCUCAACAAAUACUGUACACUAGAUGGCAAUAUUUAGUCACAAUAUACAAAGCCAUAAGUCUUUCUGUGGAUCCCUCUCACAGAAUGUUAAUGUAAAUGCCAUCUUGAGGAUUUAUUGUCAUAACAAACAAAUACA